AUGAAGUUUUUGUUAUUUUUAAUAACAUUUUUAAGCGCCUCUUUUGUCACAUCUUUUUCAACGAAUUUUUUAGACGUAAUUAAAAGUCUAAGUACAUGUUCUCCUUACGAUGAAAAUGAAGCAGAACACGGAGUUAUAAUUCGUCCAGUGACUCCAGUUUAUUUGAUACAUUAUCCAGAUAAAAAUGUGAAACCUCGAAUGCUUUUAAGGGUUCUUGAAAUUUCGUCAUCCUAUGAUUUUUAUAACAAAGCAAAAUUGUUACCAGACGCAUUGGUUUUGUCAAUACUAGUGACAGUAGACUAUAAUUUGUACAAAACUCACGGUGAAAAUAUAAUAAAUCACGUAUUAUCAUACUGGAAUAACGUGAAUAAAAUAAUGGAAGAACUAGAUAAUCCGAAAAUAAAGAUAAUCCUUCGAGGGAUCGCUAUACCAACAGAACCAGACGUAUUUGAUUUAGUGAUCGAAAAUAAUGAGGAUAAUCCCCGAAAAUAUUACCCGAUGGCUACGGUUGAUAGGAUGGAAGAGUGGUGGAAGGAAAAUUACGACCGAUUUGAAGGUCUUCCUGAUACUGAUAUAGAUGUUUUUAUUUUCCAAACGUCAUUUCCACUGGUAGAUAGUAAUUACAAUAACCUCACGGGCUCAAUAAAUUUAUUUGAUUGUAAACAUUCUUCUUUUGAUGACGGAAUAAAUGUCGCAGUUGUCUUAGAUACUGGAUUCUCUGAGAUGGCUGCAGCGCGAUUAAUAGCUCAAGGAUUCGGCGUCGAAAAUGAUGAAUUUUUAGGGUGUAAUACAGAUUUUAUAAUGAGUACUUCAACUGUUUAUAAAAACUCUUUAAAAUUACCUCAUUGGUCUGAAUGUUCAAGAAAAAGCUUUCAAAAAAUCGCCAAGAAUGAAUCGUACUCAUGUUUCAAAAUGACAAAAAACCAUUUUUAUUACUCAGAAUAUGAUGACUAA